AUGGAGCUCUCCCUGGUGGGGCUACAGAACGCGGGAAAGACCUCCCUGGUGAACGUGCUCACCACCGGCAGCUUAGCGGAGGACAUGGUGCCCACCGUCGGCUUCAACAUGCGCAAGGUCACACGCGGCGGCAUCACCAUCAAGCUAUGGGACCUGGGUGGCCAGACCCGGUUCAGGUCCAUGUGGGAGCGCUACUGCCGUGGCGUGCAGGCCAUCGUCUUUGUCGUCGACUCGGGCGACGUGGAUGGGCUGGAGGCGGCGCGCGUUGAGCUGCACGAGCUGCUGGGCCGGCCCAGCCUGGCCGGCAUCCCGCUCCUAGUCCUGGGCAACAAGAACGACCUGCCGGAGGCCCUGUCCGCAGCAGAGCUCACCGCCAAGCUGGAACUGGAGGCCAUCAAGGGGCGGGAGGUGUGCGUGUACAGCAUAUCCUGCAAGCGCCAGUCCAACAUCGACGUCACCCUGACGUGGCUCACCAAGCACGCCAAGAGCUGA